AGAACAAAAAUAAAACCAUACGUUACAUUUUAUUUGUAAGGAAACUUUCUCAGAAACAAAAGUAAAAAAGAAAGAAGAAUUAGAAUCUCCACACAAAUGGUGCUCCAACAACAAACGCAUUUUCUCACAAAGAUAGAUCAAGAAGUAGAAGAAGAAGAACCUUUUCAUGGAUUCAUUUUCCGAUCUAAGCUUCCUGAUAUCUUCAUCCCUCACCACCUCUCUCUCACGGAUUACAUCUUUCAGAAAUUCUCCGGCGACGGAGAGGGUGACUCCACUUCCACUUGUCUCAUCGACGGUGCUACGGGACGUAUCUUAAACUAUGCCGAUGUUCAAACCAAUUCAAAAAAGAUCGCCGUGGGAAUGCAUAGGCUUGGGAUCCGCCACGGUGACGUGGUGAUGCUCCUUCUCCCCAACUCUCUGGAGUUUGCUCUGUGUUUUCUUGCCGUGGCUUACCUCGGAGCCGUUUCCACCACUGCGAAUCCGUUCUAUAUGCAACCGGAGAUUACAAAACAGGGGAAAGCCUCUGCCGCGAAGAUGAUCAUCACGAAAAAAUGCUACGUCCAGAAACUGACGGACCUCAAGAACGACGGCGUUUUGAUCGUCUGCGUAGAGGACGGUGACGAAGACGAGGUUUCGUCGGCUGAGGACGGUUACGUGAGUUUUACGGAACUGGCUCAAGCUGACGAAACAGAGCUUCCUGAACCUGAGAUCUUGCCGGAAGACACGGUGGCGAUGCCGUACUCCUCCGGGACAACGGGACUUCCAAAAGGAGUGAUGAUUACUCACAAGGGUUUAGUUACGAGCAUUGCUCAGAAGGUCGACGGAGAAAACCCUAACGUCAACUUCACGGCCAAUGACGUCAUCCUCUGUUUUCUCCCAAUGUUUCACAUAUACGCUCUCGACGCGUUGAUGCUUUCGGCGAUGAGAACAGGUGCGGCGUUACUAAUCGUGCCGAGGUUCGAGUUGAAUCUGGUGAUGGAGCUGAUUCAGAGGUACAAAGUCACGGUGGUACCAGUGGCUCCCCCGGUGGUUCUAGCGUUCGUUAAGUCCACGGAAACAGAGAGAUAUGACUUAAGCUCAGUGAGGAUGAUGCUAUCAGGUGCAGCUACAUUAAAGAAAGAGCUCGAAGACGCCGUGCGUCUCAAGUUUCCUAAUGCCAUCUUUGGUCAGGGUUAUGGAAUGACCGAGUCAGGAACGGUGGCUAAGUCAUUAGCGUUUGCAAAGAUCCCGUUUAAAACCAAGUCUGGUGCGUGUGGGACUGUGAUCAGAAACGCCGAGUUGAAAGUGGUCGAUACCAUAACAGGGAUCUCCUUACCGCGGAACAAAUCUGGCGAGCUAUGCGUCCGAGGCCAUCAGCUCAUGAAAGGUUAUCUGAAUGAUCCGGAAGCUACUGCGCGAACCAUUGAUAAAGACGGGUGGUUACACACUGGAGAUAUUGGUUUUGUGGAUGAUGAUGAUGAGAUUUUCAUUGUUGAUCGGUUGAAAGAACUGAUCAAAUUCAAAGGCUAUCAAGUGGCUCCGGCUGAGCUUGAAGCAUUGCUUAUUUCUCAUCCUGAUAUUGACGAUGCUGCAGUUGUUGCAAUGAAGGACGAAGUAGCUGAUGAGGUUCCGGUAGCGUUUGUAGUUAGAUCAGAAGGGACUCAGUUAUCUGAAGAUGAUGUCAAGAGUUAUGUAAACAAACAGGUGGUUCACUACAAGCGGAUCAAGAUGGUGUUUUUCAUAGAAGCUAUACCAAAAGCAGUUUCUGGAAAGAUUCUGAGGAAGGAUCUCCGAGCUAAAUUGGAAACUGAGUGCUCUAAAUAGACACAAGAGAGUUGGCAAAUGUAUGUGUAAAACAGAACAUUUAAAGUCUCUACGAAGUAAGCAUUAAGAAGCAAGUGUGUGAGAUUUGAUUUGGUUUCGAGACAGCAAUCUUGUAAAGUCAACACAACAGAUCCAUGAAACAUAAAGCUUUACCCCAAAACACACAAUUCUUUUCCUAUAA